CAAGCAAGAACCUUAAAAUACAUUACUGGAGGCCUAAGCUGAGACGAGUCUCGCUUGAGCACCGCAAAGUGUUUUCGCCGGCGGAUUGAGUGAAUCCAUGAAAAGUUAACUUGGCUCCCGUGCCGGGCGCGUGGGAGAAACCCUGGAGAACACGGGCUCCAGAGCGAUGAGCGCCAGCCAGAUGCGUGUCGAACGGUGCCGCGCGGCGGAACAUGUUCCUGCCGUGACAUGCUGUUCAUGUGAGAGUGACAUGUCCCGCUCCGCCGCUCCGACCCGCUGAGGAGGGAGAUAGUACACGAGCUACAACUACACCAACAGCCAGGCCAGUGAUGGAAGAGAAAGAGGCAGGGGAGAGCGAGCCAGUGGACCUCCGCUCUUCCGAACAGUCUGAGUUGCUCUCAUUAAUAAUAAGCGGAGAGGAGGAAACGACGCAGGAGGAGAGCGACUUGGGAGAAGACAAUCUUGCCAAUGGCCAUGGUGGGGAGGAUUCUGAGACAGGUAUGGUCACACCUGUGAGAUCACCUGCCACCAGCUACUGGAGCAUCACAGAGGGACCCGACCAUCCACUCCUCUCCCCAGCGCCCGGGCCCUCGGUACGCAAACCCAGGGUCCAGAGAGCGUCACGUCCAGGCCUGAGCAGGAUUCCUGGCCGCGAUCACCGCCGCUAUUACCACGAAUACUGGCGCAGCGAGUAUUUGAUGGACUUUGACCCCCAAAGGCACGGAAUGAUCUGCAUGGUGUGCGGCAGCACGCUCGCAACCCUGAAGCUCAGUACCAUCAAGAGACACAUCAGGCAGAAGCACCCGGACUCUCUCCUGUGGAGUGCUGCAGACAAGGAGGUGAUUCGCUCUGGCUGGGAGAGCCAUCUGAGCCUGGGGGCAGGUCAGAGGUCUGCUGCUGGUCCCUCACUGCACGGAGAAGAGGACUCUAUGCACUUUGGUCAGCAUAUAGGUGAAACUCCAGAUCCAGUUCCACUGCAGGAGCACCAACAGCAGCCCGCCGCUUUGACCCCACGGACCACAGAGGACGAGAGCCUCCAGCCCCAAGAGGAGGAGCACGAGCUCCCCGGACCGUCGGCCCGGACCUUGGAGCGCUACCUGAAUGACUCUCUGCACGCUUGGUUCCGCCAGGAGUUCCUGAUGGAGUAUGAGGCUGAGGCCGGCCGCCUGCUCUGCAUGGUGUGUGGAGCAGUACUUCCCUCGCUCCACUUGGAUCACAUAAAGAGCCACGUUCUGGAAACCCAUCCCAACUCUCUGGUUUACAGCUCAGAGGAGAAGCACUGCAUCCUACAGGCCUGGGCCCAGACCCAUGGUGAACCAGACUCACUCAAGUCUGAACCAACACCCAACACCAAAGCAAAGGGGGCGGACAUUUUCACAGAAGACCUUAAGACGGUUCCAAUCAACGCUGACAUGUUCCCAGAGGGCGACAGCACUUUAACUCAGGACAUUCGUCUGAUCGGUGAGGACGGAGGGGUCGGGGCCCCACGCCUGCCAUCCCAGCCUCUCCGGCAGUCCAGGAAGAGGCGGCUGAGAGGGGGUGACCCCUGGCGACUCCGCCUCGACUAUCUGGUAGCCUAUGGGCCCCAAGACCAGGGCACUUUUUGCAUGGUGUGUUCUCAGGUCUUGCAUGAAAGCAAGGUGAGCAGCUUCCGCCGCCACAUUCAGGAAUGCCACCCUGAGACCACAACGCUGAGCCAACAAGAAAGAGAAGCAAUGGCUGCUGCCUGGACCAAAGUCUCGUCUGCUGAUGGAAUGCAAAUAUCAGAUGAACUGAACCCCAGUGAAGCUGUUGCCUUCAGUCCUACCAAAGGCAGAAAUGAGGAUUCCACUUCUGAUGUCUGCGCUCCCCUCAACGCCGUGAACAGCAACGACAGCGAGACCGGAGGGAGGAGCAGAUCUCAGGACUGUGGCGUUGCAGCCCCGGUCCCUCGCCACGGCCAUUACCCCGGGAAGGACCAGAGGAGGAACUACCAGGUGCGCUGGCGAAUGGAAUACCUGAUGGAUUAUGACUGCAGGAGACAUGGCCUGAUAUGCAUGGUGUGUGGAGCCACUCUGGCGACGCUGAAGGUCAGUACCAUCAAGCGGCACAUCCAGCAGGUUCAUCCUCACUCCCUGCUGUAUGGUGCUGAGGAGAAGGAGCAAGCCCUGCUGAGCUACAGCCAGACUGCCCUGCAUUUUGUCCACUCUGAUGACUGCUUCUCCUCCCAGGACCACGGACUCACACAGGACGCUGCCUCUCCUGCGCAGCUUGGCACUUAGAAAGGCCAAGCUGUGCAGGAGUCUGUUUUCUCCCCUGGCUUCUGUUCAGAAGCAACCCUCACUCUUCUGUUCCUAAACCAUAAAAGUGGAUGACUCUUCAGCUCACCUCUAGUGUGAAAUCAUAGCACGAUUGUGUUACAGCAAGAAAGAGUGUGAGAGUAAGAUUCAAGUUUACAAAAGCAGGAUAACCUCUUUCAAAUCCCCUUCAAUUUAUUUCUUAGUUUCUACUAAAAGGCUGAAAAUGAAGCGACGUCAAAAUGUCAAAGCUUCACAAAUAUUUAAAAGUCCAGUGACUCAUUAAGAAGGAACAAUGACACUUUAUUUAGAUUUCCUUUUUGGAAGCUACUGAUGUCUUUGCACAAAAUGAACCAAAUCCUGCCAACAUAGUGGAUUAUGUGCUACAACAGCUAACACAUGAAAGCUACUAUUAAGCCAUGUGAGUCUGCCUUUUCCAUAUGAUGGAAUCCAUAAAUCAGUGCUGAGAACAGCAUAAGAAUGCAAAGCCAUAUUUCAUAAGGAGUGAGGCUGAAUUGGACUGAAGCAGGGCCUCAGGCAGAGGCUUUAUGACGACAGGUUGAGAGUUUCGAGCUGGAUGAUUUCACUCAGCAGGUUGGAUCGCUGAGGGGCAAAAAGAUUGUUGACAGGACUCAAACAUCUUUACAUUUAGUUGAGACCUGCAGUCAGGACCAUGUUGAGCCUAUUAGAGCUCAAUAAACCCGUGUUUAUUUUAUAUUUCGUAACCUGGACCCACAGGACUGGCAGCAUCACGAUUAACGUCCAACUGUUAGCAAUGAACUGAAUUGAGCUGAUGCUUUAAGUUAGAGAAAAAUCCCUCAGGUCCAAUAUUCCCCAUCAGACACUUCUGCCUGUUAAACUACUUUGUUCCAACAUUUCUCUUUAAUUAGCUACAAAAAGAGCAAAAUAGUGUUUUUGUUGUAGGUUUCCUGUAACAGAGGAGACAUUUUCACACAGGUCCUUUGCCAAGUUGUUACAUUUAUGUGGCCACAUCACUGGCUCAUCUGCUGGGUGUAUUAUUGCUGUAAUGAAUUAUACCGGAAUUGGUGACACUGUGAUGACAACAGAGGCUAAGCUAAGAAGCCUAAAGGUUCAGAAAUUUUUUUUCAUACUUGCAUUUACCAAGAAUAAUGUCAAAGAGCAGAGAAGUCUGACCACCUGUCAAUCAAAAUGGAGCAGGAGCUUCAUACAGGUGAGGAGUCUGCAGGAGCAGCUUCCCAAUAGGUGAUUCCAUGACAACCCUCUUUGUCUGAACACGCAUUUAUUUUUAAAGCGAAAAUGUGUCAAUUGUUCCACGAUCCUCAGAUUCAGGCUUCGCUGAACUAUCAUUUCGAAACACUGACAUUUAAUAGAAAAUCAUUUAUAUGGAACUUAUUCUGCUGCACAGCCUGCGUCAUGACACAGAAAUGUAAUGCUGCUUGAUCUGGCCCCUCUGGGCUUAGUCUGGUACAUAUUAGACAAAAAAUAAUAAAUCUUCCGUUAACAUAAAACUACAUGUCUUUGAAAUGGACGCUAAAUAUGUUUGAAAGUGUUCGCAUUCACUUAGAUUAUAAAAUAGCUGAAAAAGAAAUAUUGGAAUUUUCUAGGAUUAAUAUGUUUGGGUGAUUUUUUUUUCUUUUUUUUGUCAGCGAUAAUUUUUCACUACAAAGUUAAAGAACAUUUCAGUGAAAUUAAAGCAAAGCUGAAGAGGUGUCUCUUCCUCCAUCAUGGCUUUUCUCUGUCACAGAACAACCGCUCCAUCCGGUCACUUUUUUAGAUUUUGCCGCAUUUAAUUCACAUUUUACCAGACAAAUAUUUAGUAUUCACUGCUGCAUCAAGAUUCAUAGAAAUCAUUUUGGUUUCCAGCAAAUGGAAAAUAAGCUGAGGUGACUAGCUUCUGUCUCAGUGUCGGCUUUAAGGAUUCUGGCAGCUGGAAUUGAACUGUUGUUAAUGAGACAAACUUACAAAUGAGUCUCUGGGCUUUAAAGGUUUUAGGGACACCAUUGAAUAUUUAUUCGUUCAUACUUGGGCUUGUUUCUGGUCAGGGCCCAAGUCUUUUCUCAGGAAGCUAGAAACCGAGUGACAGACGAACACAACGCAGCACUUUGUCCCAUAAGAUCUUCUCAACUCCACCCUUAUCUGUGUGCAGCCAGUAAAAUGUUUGACGUUUUUGCUGAUGACAAUGAAUGGAGCAGAUGGAGCUUAGUCCUUGUUUACAAGUGCAGGUGAAGGAUGUCCUCCUCAGUCGUCCGUUUUAAUCUCAGUCUAGGUAAUACAUCACCAUGCAUUCUUCCCAUCAGCAAAAUCAUCUUCCCUUAACACUGCACAAAAAUGUGUAAAUAUCUGAAAGUGAGUUGUGUUUUUCCUUUGUAUGAGCACUUUUUUUGCAUCCUGGUUUCGGCAAAACAUGUUUGUAACUUAAGUCCAGUUUUUCUACUUUAUUCAAAAUUGAACGAUGAAGGCAUGUUUUAACGCUGGAGAAAUGCUUGUUAAAUCCAUGAAUUCACUUUUGCAGACUUUGUUCCAGCUUCACCGUGUUUUGUUCCCCAUUCAGUGUACACAGUUUAUGCAACACAUAAACUAGUUCUGUCAUAGAGUGUCACUUCUUCUUCGUCUUUUUCCUCCUCUUCUCUUGGAAAACAUAUCUCAGGGAUUCUGUUUGCAUCAACACUUUAAUCAGUGAUUGUUUUUUUGUUUAGUUUUUUCUUCUAGGCUGAUUGCUGUUGGACACUUCUGGAGUUUAUGUGUUGGCUUCAGUUGUGUCACCGUCAAACAUAAAUACCACAGUGAAUUAAAAGCUGUGUUUUAAAAGAACUGCAGCCAAACAUUCUGAUUAAAAAAAUACACAUUUCUGGAGAAUAAAUUAAAACUUACGAUGUUAAAAAACCCUAAUUUGAAGAGUUCAUUUUAGUGACGCGACGAUGUCAAAAUACAUUUCCCAACAGAUUCCAAUAUGUUGAAAACUGACUAACAUUGGCUGAUACUAAUGCUGAUGUCAAUAUCCCUACUUGCUUCCAUUUCUCCGACAUCAAACCAUCCUACCUUAUUGAUGCACAAUAUCAGGGUCAAAACAAUGCAUAGCAACAAGCUAAACGGCACAAUGCUUUAAAUGUGACCCUAUGUAGUCUGAACUGUAUCUCAGCCUUUGCCGUGACGGUGGGCUCAUGACUCUGUGGUAUUUAUGUGGGACUGACAUUCAAAAACAGUUGAGAUGUCUUUAAUGAAGGAUAAAAUCUUUAAUCCAAAGCUAACGUACAGUGACACGACAGAACAGGCUCCAUCUUUAUGGCUCCUCGUCUCUGACAUAAGCACUUAAUUCAUGAGAUGAUGAAGUGAGACAUGAUGCGUUGCUUGUGUGUAUGCGUGUGUGUGUGUGUGUGCGUGUGUGUGUGUGUAUGUAUGUGUGUGUGAAAAGUGAUUGCUCUGCCCCUUUCCAACAGGCCAAUGUGUGAAAUGUGCAUCCUGUCAUCAGUGAAUAAAAACUCAUUGAUCCUCUAAUCCUUUCUGAAGUGAGAUUCUGCUUCUGUUGUUGUAUUUUCUCUUUAUUGGUAUUUGAAGGCCAGUCAAAAUCAGACAGUUCACAUACUGUAGAUAUGUAGACCUGAUUCUGGUUAAUAUGCAGGUCAUGUGGAGGUCAUGUGAUCUGACCUCCAGAUUUACCUUCACAGUCAGUGAAGGCAAAUUUAUCUUUUGAGUUCUGGAACAUUUUAUUUGGGACGAAACGAUUAAUCAUGAUGAAUCGAUGAUUUAAAUAAUCGCCAAUUAAUUUAGUGAUCAUUAGUAGAUUAACUGAUU